AUGAAACGAUUCAAUCCCGAGUCCAUUGAUGACGACUCAGUUUCUUUUUCACCUCAAUCAACGUUUCUUCGACGCGUUUCGUCGCUGAAUCCAUAUCAAACCCAAACACCGAACGUGAACGUUAACCAGAACCAAAACCCCUCUGUGAGUGAUCGUCGAUUUGUGUCUCAAAUUCAAAACCCUUGGAAUGAGAAUCAAACCCUAGAAGAUUCUUUUUCUCGGCUUUCUGUUGGUAAUCCGUCGAGUGGUUACGGGGGUUCUUCUUUUGUGGAUUCUCGUUACUAUAACCAUGGGGUUCAGGCUACUAAUUGCUGUCAGAACCAAGAAACCGCGUUUGGUUUCAAUGGUGCUGGUUAUGGUUAUGGUCGAGGUAGACCUUUGAUGAUGUCUGAAAUUGAUCGUGUGAAGUAUAAUCAAAUUGAGUUUUUGUGGAGGCAAAAUGGUUAUGGUUAUGGUAAUAGUUAUGGUUAUGGUUAUGGUUAUGGUUAUGGUAAUAGUAAUGGUUAUGGUUAUGGUUAUGGGAAUGGGAAUGUUAACAAUCUUUUGAAUGGGGGAGUUUCUGUUGCUGGUAAUGGUGGUGGUAAUGGAUUGGGUGGAAGACUUCAAUAUGGUUUACUGAAUGAAUCCUCUGGGCCUUUGGUCAAUGUCAAUGGUAUUGUCAAUGAUAAUGGAAGGAGAUCAUAUUGGUUUGAUCAAAUUCGUGGGAUGGUUUAUUUAAUGGCUAAGGAUCAAUAUGGAAGUAUGAUUUUGGGGGGAUUGAUGGAAAAAUUUGGAAGAGAAGCUGUUUCAUAUAUUUUCACGGAGGUGAUUGAUAAUGUUUCUGAGUUGAUGCUUGAUGAAUUUGGUAAUGUUGUUAUUCAAAAGAUGAUAGGAUUGUGUAACCAAAAUCAACUAACUCGGGUCACUCUAAUGGUCACUAGCUAUGAAUGUCAGCUCGUUAAAAUUUCUGUUGAUAUUCAUGGAUUUCGUUCUGUUGAGAAACUGUGUGAGAAUGCUACCACCAGAGAUCAAAGGAUUCUUAUUAUGUCAGCUUUCAAUCCUGCUGCUAUUUUGUUGUCUAAGGAUGUUAAUGGUCAUCGUGUGGCUCUCUCUUGUCUGAGAAAUUUCCCACAGGAAGAUACUAAGAUAUUCCUGAGCAUUAUUGCAACUAACUCUCUGUCGAUUGCAAGAGACAAGACCGGAUGUUGUGUGAUACAGUAUUGCGCUAGCCAUGCUCAAGGAGAAGUUAAGAAUCGGCUGAUUGAUGACAUCGUACUAAAUGCUCCAUUAUUAGCAGAAGAUUGUUAUGGCAACUAUGUGCUUCAACAUCUAUUGUCUAUGAAAAUACAGAGAAUCUCAGGCAACCUACACAGGCAGCUUGAAGGACGAUUUGUGUAUCUUUCCUGCAAUAAGUAUGGGAGUAAUGUAGUGGAAAAGUUUUUCCAUGACGCAGGUGUACAUCUAUCUGAAAAAAUCAUUGCUGAGCUCCUUAAUUCCCCAAAUAUAUCAAGGCUCCUUGUGGAUCCAUUUGGAAAUUAUGUCAUCUGUACAGCACUGGUGAAAUUUAAGGGUAAUCCCUACCUUAAGAAUGCCCUGCUGGAUCUGAUCCAAGCAAAUUCUCUAAUGAUGCGCAGCAAUAUGUUUGGCAAAAAGUUGCUUGAUAGGGCCGACAAAGAAUUGCGGAAUAUGUAA